CGUGUAAAAGUGAACUGUCAACAUUGUUGGACUUGUUGUUGACAUUCUUCAAAUUUAGUAUUUUUUAACCGCUCUGCGGAAUUUAAACUUCGAACAGUACAAAUUACUGUCCAUUUACAUCUUCGAUAACCAGAAAUGGAUUCACUAUACACAUCUGGUGUUCAACAGAUAUUCACGUUGCAAAAUGUGUUCACCAACUACAACACAUCGAUGAUCGGCAUUUCAAAAGUGUUCGAUCCUAACUAUGCAUUUUUUCUCUACACACCCGUAUUGUUCGCGUUCGAUUUUCGUGCCGGUAAAAGCAUUCUCUGGACUACAGUGUUAACUGAAUGGGCAAACCAAAUUUUGAAGUGGCUGUUGUUCGGCGAACGACCUUACUGGUGGAGCUUAGAGUAUGUCGACACGCAUCAAGGAAUGCCACAGCUUCAACAAUUUUCUGUUACAUGUGAGACUGGACCGGGUAGUCCUUCUGGUCAUGCUAUGAUCACUGCAGCUAUCUUCUACAUAAUCUUCGACUACAUUACGAGAAAAAUUAAAAUUCUGCAAGUUCCAAUCUGGACGGCUUACAUGUUAAUGAUCUUUAGUGUCUCGAUGUCUAGGCUUUUCAUUGCAGCCCAUUUUCCACAUCAAGUUGUUGUUGGCGCUGUACUCGGAUACAUGAUCGCGAAUCUUGUAUUGAAAUCAAGUUUCAAAGUGGAACAAGCCAGCAGAUCGAACUAUAUUUGGACAACAGUGUUUCUGUUCAUUAGUGCUCUUGCCACCUAUUUCUCAUUGAAUCUGCUGGGUUUCGAUGCUGAUUGGUCAGUCAAAAAAGCGAUCGAAUUCUGUCAGCGACCAGAAUGGAUUCAUUUGUCCACAUCCCCUCUGUUCACGUUGAUGCGAUACACGGGUUUCUUACUCGGCUUCGGUUUGGGUUUGCAUUCAAAAAUGUUUCUCGAAAGUAGCAAAUUUAAUCGCACCGUCGGAACGAAACUCGUUACCGUCUUGGUUAGCAUUUGCAUAACGAAAUUUAGUGAGUUGAUUGUACAACCGAAGUCAGACAUUUAUUUGCUAUAUAUCUUCGGAUUUGUUAUGAGUUGCAGUCUGGGUUUCGUAUACUCGGCUAUAUCACCGUGGAUAGCGGCUAAAAUCUGUCUCGCUAACAGAAAGCAAUUUUAAUAAAAUUAAAAUUUGAAAUAAAAUUAGACGGUACGAUGAACUGAUUA